AUGUUCUUCCAAAGCUGCGAGACCUAUGACCUAAAACUCGACCAGGCAUGCAUUUUCCUUCAAGAUAGAACCAAAGCUUCUAUCAAUGGAACAUUCCAUGUCAAUCUGCCACACAAGAACUCCUUCAAGAGUAUCCAAGUCAAGCUAGUGGGAAUAUUGAAAAUUCCACGAGAUGACUACCUCAUCCGCAACGACCGUCAACUCAUAACAUCCACCUCACAUCAAUCUAUCGGCGCAUCUGAAACCCUCAACUCCUUCCAACUCCCCGCCGGAUACUACGAAUUCCCCUUCAGCAUCCCACUAGCUGGGAGAAAUCCUUGA